AUGCCUCAACUUCCAUGCUGGCAACUCCCAGAGUUCUCGCGGUCUCAAGACGAGGAGCAGCCGCCAACAUGGAUGGUGGCUUUUUUGUUUCCGUUGGAAGACACCGAACGGGAUCUGUUCAUGAAGAGACUUGUCGUUGUCGACAACUUGGAGAAUUGGCCUGAUCGACCUGACGCGAAGCCUCGUCGUCUUCUAGAUGUUCCCUGGCCAUUCGAUUUCAUACCCGAUUCGUCUAUUAUCAGCGCCAUCUUUGAGCGAGGCGGGAAGGAGCCGCUCAUUAUCAUUGAUGAACGAUCAAAGAUGGAUGACACAGCAAUCCUGUUGUAUCGCAGUGAGAGUCAAGAUGACCAUCGCAUUUUGCGCGCACCCAUCAAUAGAGCAAACAUACUGCUCAGUGCUGCGGCGGAAGGGAAGAUUGAUUUCAAGGGUGAAGAUUUUCAGCCAUUGGGCUAUGAGACUCCAGCUAUUAUGGUGAGUAUGCGUGAUACUGAAUUCUGGCUAUAG